UUCUAUUAAAUCUGAUCCGUUCAGGUAAUAAAAGAAAAAAAAAAAUGGAAUCUCUGAACUUCGAGGAACACUUAAUGUAAUUUAACAGUGGUUAUAUGUUAGGGUUAAUUACACUUUUUAAUGUAAUUUUAUUUGAAUUUUAUUUUUUUAAAUUGAAUAAUUUAAUUUUUGCAUUUUAAAUUCAGUUUUAUUUGAUCCGUCUUUCCAAGUAUCUGUUAAUUUUUUUCAGUGUAUUGUGACUAACAAUUAUUCUAAAGACAUUCAUUGUAACUUCCUACUUGAAUAGAAAAAUUAAAUUAAAAUUAGACUUAAAUUAUAAAAUUUAAAAUAAUACAGACAAAAAAAAGUGAAAUUUAAAUUGAGCUAUAUGUAUAAGAAAAAUAUUUGGAAACUCUAAAUUAUCAGUUCUAAAGGAGCUCUAGGAGUGAGUCGCACUCAUUGAUGUGAUAUUUUAGCUUUAAGUUUUUUUUUUUUUUUUUGGUAUAAAUUUUCACCUCAUUAAUGUUCAAUUAGUGCUCUUAAAUUAGAGGAUGAAUCAUUGUUGUAUAUAUAAUGGGAAAGAAGUGAGAAGGUUAUAACCUGAAACCCUCAUUAAUGCUCAAUUAGUGCUCUUAAAUUAGAGGAUGAAUCAUUGUUGUAUAUAUAAUGGGGGAGAAGUGAGAAGGCUAUAACCGGAACCCUAAAGUUUCAUCAUUUUCUAUCGCAGCAGCUGAAGCAAUGAAGAGGCGCUGCAGAUUCAUGGCUUCGAGCUCGAACCAUCAACCAAGUUUAAAGAAGAUAGCAAACGCAGGGAAUGGAGAAGAUAGGAUCAGUACCUUACCAGAUUCAGUUCUUGCCCACAUUCUCUCUUUCCUUCCAACAAAAUAUGCAGUUGCGACCAGCACUCUGUCACCAAGAUGGAAACACAUAUGGACUUGUGUCCCCAAUCUGGAAUUCGAUGAGAAGACACUGUUAAUUGAGCAUCCUCGGUCUGGCAUACAUAAGCCUAAGGAUCAUCAUCGCCAUGUGAGCUUUAUGAAUUUCAUUGAAAGAGUACUUCUCUUACAUGAUUUGUCAAGUAUUCAACGAUUCUAUCUAAGUUGUGAUCCAGAUAUUGACAAAUCUCGUUUGAAUUCAUGGAUAAGUGCUGCUGUAAAGCGUGAUGUCCGUGAAAUUGAUAUCAAUGUUUGCGGAUUAAUAAUUCUUAGGUUGCCUAGCAACCUCUUUAUUUGCGAAACGCUUGUAGUCUUAAAGCUAGGAUCUCAAGUUCAUUUUGAUGUUCCUGCCUUAAUCUCUUUUCCUUGUCUCAAGAUCUUUCAUGUUUCACUUAUUUAUCCAAGUAAUGACCUGACCCAGAAGCUCUUUUCUUCCUGCCCUGUGCUCGAAGAAUUAUCCAUUUCAGCACUAGUGGGUUUUGGGAAAACAACAUAUGACAUUUCUUCACCAGCUCUGAAGACUUUAUACAUAUCUUUAUCUUUAAUUUCGACGCAAUACCGAAACUCUGAGACUGUGGUCAUGGUCAAUGCACCAAUUCUUGAAUGCCUUCAUGUUGCAGAUAGUUGCUUGGUUCUUUAUUGUUUGAAGAGCCUAUCCUCAUUAGUUAAAGCCAGUGUUUGUGUUGAAGCCCCCUUUCCAUAUGCUUUUUCAGCCAUUACACAGGUCAACCAAUUAUAUGGGCUUUUGAAAGUAAUUUCUAAUGUUAAGCAUCUACAUCUAAAGGGUAGCACUAUGGCAGCGCUCAGCUUUGCUAAUGACAAAAAUUGGCCUGUGUUUCCUAAUUUGACCCAAUUGGAAUUGGGUGUUUGCCACAAUUUUUGCUGCGAGAGUUUGUUUGACUUGCUCAAUGGUGCACCUAAUCUGUGCACUAUGGCAUUUGCAAAGGUACCACUUCAUGAUGGUUUUGCAUAUUCAAAGCAAUUCAAUUGGUUUGAACCACAAGAGGUGUCAAGUUGUUUGAGGUCUUGGCAUUGAUGCGUCCCAAGAUGAACUUAAUCUGAUAAAGUAUCUAUUGAAAAAUGCGGAGGUCUUGACAAAGAUGACAAUUAGGAAUGUAAUUUCAAGCAUGGAGGGAGAGAAUGAGUUUUUUAAGGAACUUGUCAUGGCUCCUAGAUGUUCAAAUACCUGUCAAAUUGAACGUGUUUGAGAAUUCAUUGAUCAAGGUUUCAGGUGGCAUUUCUUCUUGAGGUCUUGUGUUAUUACUUUUCAUCUUGGACGGGUGGUGUUUGGGUUUUGACUGAAGGAUAAGAAGAUUGGGAAGCUACAUUUAUGGUGGUGUGGAGCUACAACAUUUCAAGUGUUUGGUGAUGAUUGUGUAUAUAGUUGGAUGUAAUUUAGCUUCCUUGUUUUACUUGCAAUGUUUUUUCGUUAGUUAUGUAAUUUGAAUCUGAGAACUCUUAUUUGUGUUUGUUAUUCUCUUUGAAUGAAGUUAUUAUUUUGUCCCAAAAAA